AUUCGCUCCCAUGAUGUGUAGCUGAUUGGAGUGAAAUAAGCAAUAUCUCGACACAGUCUUGUUCCGGAUUGUUUUUUUAUGUAUGGCUUGUUCAAGCUGUCAUUACUGGUGAACCCCCCCCCCCCGAAGUACAGAACUCAAAUAUGGCGAGCGACCACUGCACGACCGCACCGAAGCUAUCACUGAAGCGGGCCCAAGUAUGGUCCCCACAGAUUGAAGCACGGAUUCACCAUGCUGCAGAGAGUCACCUCGGACCUGACGAAGUAUUCCUAUGUAACAGCGGUACCCUUUGAGGACACAGCAACAAGGGGCAACAGACAUCCUGAACCCGACCGUUUUGCCAUUCGCGAAUACGCCAUUUUGAAAUACAGACUCUGGCUUCGUGGUCAGGAUGGAGGAUGCGGAAGAAUUUGGCGAUUCCUAAGCCUCCGAGCUUAUGGAUAGGACGCUGGCAUUAAUGCUGCACCACGGAGUUGUAGAUAGAUUACAGUUUCAUUUCUGGAAACUGACAGAAUAAAUGAGACAGAGAGACAGAAAAAAAGAGAGAGCAGAAUGAAUCGUCCUCAGGAUGGUCUCCGCCAACGGCACAAGAACAAAUCAAUCAUAGAAUCGGCAAUCUCUUCGACAUCAAAGAAAUUUCAAAGUCUUUCUUUGAAAACUAAAUGCCUCUUUGUUCUCCUUGCUUUCUCACUUCUUGUUGCAUACAUUAUAAUGCUGUGGCAUCAGGUGUCAAACAGGCUCCGUGAAUUUACCUACAUACAAGCUGACACGUGUCCUGCAUGCUACGGUUCCAGCAUAUGUCUUCCUCUAUUCAGAGGUGAUGCCCACUUCACUGGCACGCUUUCAAGGAUUCGGUCUUUUGACUAUUUAAACUCUAAGAAUUUCCACUAUGGCAAAUUAAAUGGGAAAGAUGUUGUUUUAAAAAAGCUAGUAGCAGAUGAUGUGUUGAAAGACUUAGAUGACAAAAUCUGCCGCAGUGCUCGAAGAAUUCCUGGUUGUGACGUUGCAAGGGUUGUUGUUAAAGCGGAUCUUGUCUCUCAAGUUCGACAGCAUGAAUUACAAGUGGAUCACCUGAGAGGUGUUAACGAUAUGUUUUACUGUCCGUCUCGCCGCCUUUUUGAUCGACUACUGAAACAUUACCUGGAGAAGUACACAUACGAGACAACAUUUUUCUAUGCAGUUGAUAAAAUACAGAUUCUGAUAACGGCUAUGAUUAGUUCGGAGCCAUUAAUGCUACAGACAUUUCCAGCAUCUGCAGGGUGGCCAUUUCCUUCAUAUAUUGGAGCUUGUGGACGUUUUGUUCUUUUGGAAAACUGUGGUGAAAGUUUGCAGAAUUUUCAUCAGGCACCUCUACAGAAACGAUAUGACCUGGCCUACCAAGUGAUGAAAAUCGCUAAUUUCCUCACAGAAAAUCCAUCUAAUUUUUCUUUAUAUUGGACAAGUUUGAAGCCCAGUGAUUUUGUAGUCGAUCAAAACGGACAUGUGAAAUUUGUGGACCUGAAAAAUAUCGUUGUUGUAGAUAGAGAAGAGUACAACGAAGUUGCCAACACAGGGAAACCGAAGAUAUUCGAAGCAAUGUUCACCGAAUGUGAAAAUGUCUGCCCACCGACCCCUACCAUGGAGCUGUGCAGCCACCUCAGCUCAGACUGGAACAUCUACUUAGCAUGUCGCUACGUACUGUCAGAGCAUGCUACGGAUCCGGCUAUGAAGGGUGGACUCCUUCACGACAUGUCGCGUGGUGCCUUAGAUGACUGGGACAUGAGAUUCCUCAUCAAAGAAUGCACGUCACCAACAACGAAAGGAGGAAGAGUAAAAUCUAUCCAUAGACUUCUUCAUACAUUGGAUUCUCUGCGGAACGGAAAGGAACAACACCCAGUGAACAUUUAAAUAGUUUUGUAAUUUUUUUUUGUUUUUUUUUUUUAUGCAAAUUGCAGAAAAUUAUUUUUAUUUUUGUGCCACAUUUGAUAUACAAUUUCCUUUGUCCAUUUGUAUUAAUAUAUAUAU